AUGGAAGCUAUAGUAAAGAGCGCUAUACAGCAAUUUUUUGAAGAAAAUAACAUCUUGCAGGAUUUUCAACAUGGCUUCCGGAGAGGACGUUCCUGCGUCUCCAAUCUGCUAGGUUGUCUGGAGAUCUGGACCAGGGCUCUAGAAGAGGGUUUUGAGGUCGAUGUCGUGUACAUCGAUUUCCGCAAAGGUUUUGAUACUGUCCCGCACCAAAGUCUUCUUCACAAAUUGAGCGCCAUCGGCAUCCGGGGAGAUCUUCUGAACUGGAUUAGGACGUUUCUGGCUGGUCGGAAACAACGUGUCUGUGUCGGGGAUGAUAUGUCAGAAUGGGUGAAUGUGACCAGUGGUGUGCCGCAAGGCUCAUUCCUGGGAACAUUGCUCUUCAUCCCCUAUCUUAAUAACAGCCUUCAGGAACUCGACUGCGACAAAAUAAUGUUUGCAGACGACGCUAAGCUCUGGCAAGUCAUUAAGGGUCCGAAUGAUCAGAGAUCCCUUCAAGAUAAUCUGCACCGACUGCAAGCGUGGUCGAAGAAAUGGCUUCUAGAUUUCAAUGUGGAGAAGUGUGCCGUCCUUCAUCUGCGUCCAACCAACUCUCAUUCAAAUGAGAGCCUCAGGAUAUAUCACCUGAAAGAUAUAAGGCUCCCCGCAGAAUCUUCACAGAAGGAUCUCGGGGUUUGGAUACAGAACAACCUGAAACCAACACUGCAGUGCCACAAGGCUGCAAAAAACGCCAUGGGAGUGCUGCAUGCAAUAAAAAGGGCUUUCGUUAACUUUGACCAAGACAAUUUUGGGAGAGUUUACGGCACAUUUGUUCGGCCCCACUUAGAAUAUGGCAUACAAGCAUGGCGGCCGUGGCUAGUAAAGGACCAAGCAUGCCUCGAACGAGUACAACGGCGUGCAACAAAGCUGGUGAACGGUCUAAAAAGCCAAUCAUGCACAGACAGACUGAAUUGCCAUAAUUUAUUCCCUCUGUGUUACAGGCAGCAAAGAGGUGAUCUUAUCCUCAUCUACAAAAUAAUACAUGGCCUUGAGUAUGGACUUAAAUUUGAGGACAUGUUUCAGUGGCACCUUUCACCCAAUCUUCGUGGUCACUCGAUGAAGUUACGGACAACAAUGUCCAGGCUGAAUCUUCGUUCUGAAUUUUUCACGCAGAGGGUAGUGGAGAAUUGGAACGAUCACCCUCAGUCAGUCGUGGAGGCUACGUCCCUGCAACUGUUCAAGAAACGCUUGGAUGAUUAUUUGUGUCCCCUGUUUUCCCUCGACAGUCUGAGUCUGAAUUGAUAACCCUGGUCCAGACAAAUAUUUUCUCUGAGACAAUGCUACUCAAAUGAACCAAGUACUGUUUUAAUAGUGAACAUUUUUUGUUCGUGUACAGUUAUUUCUAACGAGCUGACAUGUAAUCAAUAGGGUUUUCAAAGGCUUUGCCUAUUAUCCUUACCAAAUAAACUGAAUAAACUGAACUGAAUGCUCUUCUUCUCUUGAAAUUUUCCUCUUUCCGAAUAGGUGGCAAACUUUUGAAUUUGAUAUCCUUUUACCUGGGCGCUCGUACACAACGACUUAGGAUUUCCAAUGCCAUCUCCAACCCCACACGUGUGAGGAGUGCCGUCAUUUAGGGUAGUGUACUUGGCCCGCGUGUAUUUUGCCUUUUCGUUAGUGAUGUACCCGAUUAAUUCCAGAAUGGUAAGCCUUUCAUGUAUGCCGAUGAUAUUAAAGUUGCAUAUCGAUAUAAGCCGGUAGAUCAUGACAUCGUGCUUGAGCUCCUAAACAGCGAUCUACAGGCUUUCGCCCAGUGGUGUCGCACAUGGCGCCUUUCUCUUUCCUGGCAUAAGUGCGCAGUCAUGGUGGUUGGCGACGACCGCCAACCUCCACUAAGUAUUUAAGGUCACGCCAUAAAUGUGCCUGGGGUUUUAAGGAUCUGGGCGUAUCAUAUUCCGAGAGCCUCAAUCUCUCGGAGCACUGUGUUUUGAGAGUCACCAAAGCACUUAGAACGACCGGGUUUAUCCUCCGAAACUUUAAAACUAGGGACAUUAGAAUGCGCCUUUUCAACAUGUACGUUAGCAUGGUCUGGAAUACGGUUCGUUUUUAUUUUGCCUCAUGUGUACUAUUGAGCGGAAGAUAAUAGAAUCCGUUCAACACUUUUUUUAAUAAGAGAGUUUUAACCCUGGAACACCGAAAUUUGUCUUACCAAGAACGUUGCUGGCUUACAGGCCUUGAUUCUGUAGGGAUUCGUAGAUUACAAAAGGAGAUAUUUUUGCUAUUUAAGCAUUUAUUUAAUCGCACCUUUAGCCCACUCACUACUUUAAAACAUCAUGUCCACCCCGACGUAACAGUCUCAGUGAGGUCUUUUUAUUUCUUCCUCUGGUACGUACUGUUAAAUAUCGUCGGUUAUUCUCUGCAAACAUGAAUGCUAUGUGGAAUAAACUGCCCAGGAGUGUUAAACCUCUACAAAAGUAUCCUUUCUUUAAGAGAACUUUUACUCGAUUUUUGCAUUCAGAAAAGCUCCCACAAAUUUUGCGUACUGAAUCCACUGAUCGACUCUACCGUAGCGAUGGCGUUUGUGGUCGCUGACCACUAUGACUCGUUCCACCAGGCACAAUUUCCUUGGCCAGCAGCGACAGCUGUUCUUCGGCGCUUCUGUUUGGACUAGCCCCACCUUCAUGAAAGUAAUUGGCGACAGAUCAUAUCAAAUAUCGUGUAAUUCCUCCCUUCUUGACCUCGACAGUUUGCUUUUAUUAAUUUUUUUCUCCUAAACCCCCCAAACCACAAUUACCAUCAUCAACCCUAUUUUUAUUCCUUUUCGUCAGGAGUUUUUUUUCACUGCUGGCCGGAUUUGUGUUUAACGCUCCCUUGACGAUGCCUGUAAAGUGGAAUUAAAUAAAAUUAUUAUUAUUACCUCAACUGUUCACGAACAUGGCCAUCAAGUGCUCCGUCCGUAACUCGCAUACCAUACACACAUCUAUGUAAUAGGCUUGAGAUAAUAAUUCAGAAAGAUUAGGCCGCUAUUAUUCAAUCAAAGAAACCUCGUCCGAGAAUUAUUAUAUAACAUAGUAUGGUAUGCCGUAGAAUGGUUAUAGUGGCCGAUAAUUGGUAUCGCACAGACAGGAUGCUCAUUUGCUUGAAACGUGGUCUACAAGCAUCAGAAAAUAAGAACAGAAAGGAUUGCAUGAUUCUCGCUGCAAAAUUUGGCGGAUUGCAAAGUCUCGAAUUUCCGCCAGUCUGCCGAUCCCCAAAAAUGACCCAGAGACUGAUUCCCAUCUGAAAAAGGAGAUGGAACGAUUUUCCACUCAACAUGACAUCUUCGUCGUGGGUGACUUUAGUGCACCACCUAAUGACCGGAGUUCAUUUUCGCACGAAGCUCAAAAUUGGACUUGUGCCGGGGUUUAUUGAAUAAGAUGUUCAGGUUAUUCCUCACUUAGCACGCCUUCUAUCACACAAGGGUGUUUGAGGGACAGUAUAAAAAAUGUCUGGAUAUGGUACUGCAGGUGCCACUUGACAGCAUUAAAUAUGUGUUAUGUCUAUGUGCAGUAGGUCAAAGCGAUCUUGUAGUACUGCUUUGGGAAUUUUUCAUAUUUGGGUGCCUUAACAAACCAACAGAUCCAGAAUGAAUAUUCGCUGUUGCGAUUUCUAUUAAAUAUAGUUCUGGAAAUUACUUUUUUCCGGUAACAUGUCCAUGGACUGGAAACGGUUCAGUGGGUAAGUAUAAACGAAAAACUAGUAAAUUUUUUAUCUAGUGUCGUCACUACCAAUCAAGAAUCCAUUGAGAUAAGACAUUCACGAGUGAAUCUCCGAUCAAAGAGCAAAUUUUCCGCUGCCCAAAGUAAGUUUAUAUUUAAAAAAGUGGACCAUUGUAAAAACACCUUUAACGAUUGGUUGAAAAGACAUACAAUGAAUGUGGUAUGUUAGCUCUUAAGGAGGAAAGAGCCAUUACUCAUGGGAAGGAAAUAUGCUCGUCGGAAAGGACUGUCCUGCGAGAGAGAAUAUAAGGAUUCGGAACAUCCAUCGUCAAGAGAAAAAUUCUAAACAGGUUGGGGCUAUUCGCUAUACGUGGAAUAAUUUGAAAUAAGCAUACACAGCAGAAUUUAAUAGAAUCAACAAAUUUCGCGACGACUUAUCAACUACAAGCUGUCGCUGCGUAACAGAGAUAGCGAAUGAGAAAAUACAGAGAUUUGAGCUUCCACAGAGAAAGUCAAUACAAACCAACAAACGCGUAGCGGUAAACAUUGCUUCCAAGUGCGAUAAUUUCGAAUGUUAGAUGACAGCGGAAACAACCCUUAAAUGACGAGACAGUAAGAUAUAAUCGCAAUCGUCCACAGUCCGCUGAAAGUCAAAGCUUAUAAGGGAUAUUAGAAGGCGGCCAGUAUCUGUAAGCGCAGGUGGAGGUGACCAUGAUAUUUAUUUGUUGACCGAACAGAUUACUUGCAAGGUAACGAAAUAGGGGAACUCGCCACGGUCAUACACUGAUCGUUUAGCGUCUAAAAGAGGAGUGGAAGUUAAAAGCCACGAGCAUCAUUGCUGUAGGGGAUAAUAUUAGUGGAUUUUACACCCGACUAAAAACGUGGUGUUGUUAAAAUCUAAGUAAGCUUUUCCCUUUGAAUAAGUGAAGCAUGUGAUAACCACUAUUAAAUUCCAGAAGGAAAUUCUACGAUCAGGAAAUUGAGUGUUUGAAACUGAAACAAACAAGAAUGACUUUGUAUUUCCCGUGAUAAGGUGCUUGCGUAAUUUUGAUUUGAAUAGCGAUAAUUUGGGUGGCGAGCUAAGUUCUAGUGAAAAAUUAUUUAAAAGGAAAGCGCACUUGGAUGCCAAAGGCGCAAGUGUUUAGACGUAGCGUAAAGAAAUGACGGGAUUACUACGAAGGGAUUACGCAUAGAACAGGAUCGAACUAUCGGAGUGAGAGCGUCAGUACAUAGGAGAAUACGGCUAAAUAUUAUACGAAAUAGGAAGCAAAGGCCAGCUUCGAGUCAUGCUCACAAACUGAAAUCUCUCAAUAUAAGAAAUACUUCACUCAGCACGCGGAAAGAGUCUUCGAGCGGAAUUCCUUGCAUGUGUUGAUUUUGCAACGGUCGCGGGCAUCCAAUAGACAGCACUAUUAGAGGACAAAAUAAAUAGGCAUCUGAUAACGUCUUAGCUCCAUUUCUGGAAGGUUAAAUUAUGCGACAUGAACUCACGUAUUCUCGCAGCCCUUGAAAAAAAUUCAGUCUUCAUGAGGGGGUAAAGCAAGCUAAUUUUCAUAAUCUAUGUUUAGGUCCCUUAUUGCGGGACAUUCUGGCUAAAUUGGCCGGCACCCUCCCUUCCCACACGUUGCCGUAACGUCUGCUUCUCCCUUUCUCUACGUCGGCACAAACUUUGGCCCUCCCCUGCAGUUGUCCACAGAGCUGCGUUGUUUAGCAGGCACGCCAGAGUCGCCUCACCAUCCAGACAGGCCACCUCCUUGCUGUAACUCAUUCUAUUUAUAAAAUUAGCCACUAGUAUGUGCAUUCCCCGCUUCUAUCUCUACCUAUUAAACCUUUUUGUCCGCCUAACUUUUCUGCCCUUUCUUUUGGACGAGUAAUUUGAUGCGGUAACGACUCUAUUCAGACCGGUCUUAGCCAGGAUUUACUUUCAGUGCUUCGCUACCUUGGUGUGUGCUAUGCUUGACGACCUCGGACGCUACAGUAGUACCCCAUAAGGUCAAGUAGAGAAGGCUUGAUACCCAGGGCUUCCAAUUUUACCAAAAGAUGUCUAUGUGGCACCCUGUUGAAGGCCUUGCUAAGAUACAAGUAGAUAACUACAACUGAACGUUUUUCAUUACGGAGAGGGCUUAUGAAAUUAAAAGAAGGCUAAGCGUCAGGCUUCGCAACAUCUUUCAGGUAAAAACCCGUGCUCAUUAAAUCACAGAAUCUGAUUACCCAGGCAGAAAUCAGGAAUUUCGCCGAAAACUAUCUUUUCAACAAGAAUCACUGGAAACCGAGUUUUAUGCACGUCCUGAAAUUUGUUAACGUCGGAUCGAGGUCCGCAUGCGAAAUCUGGAAUUAUACUUGAGGUCUUUUGUGUUUCCGGCAGGAAUUUACUCGAAAAAUACACUGGGAGUAGACGGCUAAGCAACAUGGGUAGGCCUGACACAUUAAUAAUAGCGUUUGAAAUGCCGUCUGUUCCCAAGGAGUGGAGUCUUUAGACGAAUUAUGUGUUUCUGACAUCUGUUUUAUAGAAAAUUCUGUCUGAACGCAAACGAACGGAAGGAACUGCUACAGACCCUGUGGUAAUGUGUUCUGCAAAGACGGCACUAAGAAAAUACGUCUUGUCAGUGUUGCCAAUUAACAAGCACGUGAUGUCAUUUAGCAGAAGAGGAAUAUUGUGAUACCGCAUAGAGAAGCACCGACGACCAGAGAUUUGGACGGCGAAUUUUAAAGCGUUCAGAUCACUCAAUACAAGUGAUUCUCUCUGCGCAUCGAGAGCUUGACACAUCUCCGAGGACGAUUCUAAAAUUUCUGUGAUUCUUAGACGUACGUAUAAGGAACAAAGAACAAGUUAUCCAGUUGCCACCCCAAUUCCGGUUCAAGAAAUCCGCCCUGAUGAUGUCCGUCUCGAAUUCCUUGUAAAAAAAUAUGGAGGUCAGUCCAGUCUGGCCCGCACAUCUAACCUUUCAUAAGCGAAAAUUUUUUUCUCUAAACUGGCCAAAUCAUAUUCAUUUUGUUUUUCGAGAAGGGAGGUUUUUUUCACACUCAUAAACCGGCUUCCUUGAGCAUGGACCAAAUGCUGUACAGAUUCCGUCAACUCCUGCUAAAAUGGACUUUACAUUUUAUGCUUACCCUGAGAGGUAUCGAUAAAACAAUUGAUUCAUCGCUUAUAUAGGUAUAAGCCGGCAGAUCGUGACAUCCUGCUCGAGCCCCUAAAGGGCGACCUACAGGCCUUUGCCCAGUGGUGCUGCACAUGGUGCCUUUCUAUCCCUUGGCAUAAAUGCUCAGUCAUGGUGAUUGGCGACGACACCAACCUUAACUAAGUGUUAACGGUCACGACAUAAAUGUCUACGGGGUUAUUACGGAUCUGGGUGUAUCAUACUCCAAAAGUCUUAAUUUUUCGCAGUAAUGUGCCCUGAGGGUCUUCAAGGCACUUAGAACGAUCGGGUUUGUCCUCCGAAACUUUAAAAUUAGCGAUAUUAGAAUGCGCCUCUAUUACAUUUACGUUAGACCUGGCCUGGAAUGCUAUUCGUUUUCAGUAAGUCUCAUGCGUGCUGCUGAGCGGAAGAAGAUAGAAUCCGUCCAACAUUUUUGGUAACAUGUGGUUAUAUAGUCCCACCUGAAGUAAGCCAACCCCAGCCAUCUGUAAAACCGGAACGGUGGUAAAAGGGGUUUUACAGGUGAGGUCGGAAGAAGCACAGGCAACUGGGUCAAGUAGUUGUAUGCAAAAGAAAAGCUGUUGGGAAUGCGCGGUUGAACUUAAUUGGUUAAGAAAUAGUUGCCCUAAUCCCUAACUAUUACCCCAGGCCCAAACCCCUAACGCUAAUCCCUUGCCCUAACCCCUUAACUUAAUCCCUACCUCUAACUCCUAAUCCUAACAUCUAACCACGACCUCUGACCCCAACGGAAUUUUUUCCAUCAGGUGGGGCUAAAUAACCACAUCUUACCCAUUUUUUGCCAAGAGAGUUUCAAAACCGAAACACCGCCAUUUAUCGUACCAAGAAGUUGCCGAUUUACAGGGCUUGAUCCUUUGCAGUUUUAUAGAUUACAAAAGGGACUAUUUUACUAUUUAAGCUUUUAUAUAAUCGUACUUUUAACCCACUCACUACUUUACAACAUCUUGUGCACCCCCGACCUAACAGAGACCGCGAGGUCUUUUUAUUUCAUCCUUUGGCACGUACCUCUAAAUAUCGUCGGUUAUUUUCCGCAAACACGUUUGCCAUUUGGAAUAAGUUACCCAGAAAUGCGAAAAUUCAACAAAAUUGUUCUUUGUUUAAGAGAAUUACUAUUUGUUUUUUGGACUCAGAAAAACCCACAAAUUUUGAGCGCUAAAUUUACCGAUCGAGCAUAACGCAGCGGUGGCGUUCGUGGUCUCUGAUCUUCAUGACCGGUCUCGCCAGGGAAAAUUUCUUUAGCCAACAGCCACAGCUGUUCUUCAGUGUUUCUGUUUGGUCCUGUCCCAACUUCGUGACAAAAAAUGGCGGCUGAUAAUAUCCGAUGCAGUGCUACUCCUCCCUUUCUUGACUUUCGUCAUUUCAUGGGCAGCAGUUAUUUUCUCCUGAAUCCUCCAAACUAUAUAAAACCACCAUCUUCUUCAUUUUUUAUCAGAAGUUUUAUUUCACUGUUGGCCGGAUUUGUGUUUAAUUUUUCCCUGACGAUGCCUGUAAACUGACAUAUAAUACUAUUAUUAUAAUAUUAUUCGGAUCGUGCGGAAAGAAUUUUACGAAAGACAUAACAUAAGGAGGGCAAAUACCCAUAGAAUAUUUAUGUGGUGUUGAAGGCAGAAAUCAAAAUUGCCUACAAAGGGGGAUGAGUCAGGGCGAAAUGGAGCCCCCAGAACAGAGUUCGUUCGAGUAAUUGGAGGUUAGACGGAAACCGAGGUUGGGCUGUAUGUUGGACAGAGCUCAUUGCGUGUGUCGUGGUGUCAGACUGCUGCCUCGGAAACAGUCCCAUAAUCGUCUUAACCAAAUCACUGAAUCUGACCAUUGUAAUUGCGUUUCGAUUGACAGUCGAAUAGACGCUUUAAUCUUUGGUUCACAUGCUUUUAUACUUGUAUAGUUGUGCGAUGUCGACACAGUGUGAUGUGGUUGUGAAACCAACGCAUUUUGAAAUGAAAGUAGAACACCAGAUUAGCGUAAACAAAAGAUAAGGUCUCUGUGACUUCGCAUCGUCCAAACCAAGGAUCCUCGGGCGUUACAGCGCUGGUAGCGUCACGUACGAACACAGCUCUACAGACCCAAUGCGGGGGCACGCUUCCAUCUUACCUUCCGUCAGUUGCACCACAGUGUGACGAAAAAGAGAGCUUCCAAAACUGAUUACAAUGUGCUACAUUCUUCUUGGAAGAAGCUCCUGAGGUGGACCACAGCUGUACUCUCUUCAAGUGCCUCAGUCCUAAACGCUUUAAACGAGCCCUGGCCGCGGCUUUGGCAUCGCCUGCUUCGCAGCCUGUGAGAACGACUGCAAUAAAUACUGCAAGCCAGUGUUUUAGUUGGCAGAGCCAUUGACCGACUGCUUGGAAGACGAGGUCAAAGUUUCGGGUUGUCCAGGCAUUUCGCCGAAGACCUAUCGGACCUCCCGAACGUGGCCUACCCAUCCCUCAAAAUAAACGAUAAGGAAGGUGUCAUACUUCAUCAAUUCAUAAAAGGGUAAGAUGCGUCGGAUCUCAUCCAUUCACUCCCUAUCAUCCCUCCAGUAGGCCUACAAGAGGCCUUAGAGCGGAGAGAUUUUUACUAGCUUUGAAAUCACAACAAUCAAAUCAACCAAACCCUCAUAUUUAAAAUUGUCAUAUCCACCAUACGAAAAUAAAUUUCUGUGCUCUCGGAAGAAAACUUCCGCAGAUCGAUCUACUUAAAGGCGAAAGGUGGCAAGUCUUCACGGAACAUAUAGAUGACGUCAGUGAUGCCAGGACUAUUUGCGGACGCAGUAAAUGCCUCUUUUUCCACGUGUGAUGACGCAUGUGCCUUUUUCUAUCCCUUCUUGACGGAAGUCGAAAUAGCAGGCCAGAAGCUGGAGGCUCUUAUCGAUACAUGUGCAACGUCAUCGCUGGUCAACCCUGGACUGCUUCCGCUGUCGUACACCAGACCUAUCAAAACAGCCGCCGUACCACAUCUAAUGACAGCAGACGGCCCUCCUCAAUGGCAUCAAGGGACGAUAAGCAUUUUCUCCCGUUCCACUCACACGAAAUGUGACCAUACUUUCUUUGUGGCGUCAAAUUUGGCGUGGGACAUGCAUAUAGGCCUUUACUUUUUACCAGAAUAUGCCUGUGUCGUCAACGCCAAGGACCGCAUCAUGCAAGUAUGACCGGCUUCCGGUCGUACAUAACCGGCACCAUUAUUUGACGAUCAGACAGUCUGUGCAGCAAUACAUGCUUCGGCACAGAUUCCUCCCACAAACAUAAACAGUAUUCUACCACACUCGGCUACGUAUAACACGAACAAAGCCGUCCUCCGAGCUCUUUUGCGUCUGUUUAAGGAUAUUUUUGCAUCGGACGAACAUUCGUUAGGACGCACCGACGUCAUGUGCCACACUAUAGACACGGGUUCGGCGAAGCCCGUUUCACAGCCAUUCAAUCGGAUUCCAGCAUGAUUUCAAAAGGAGGUUAUUGACAUGGUCGAUUUUAUGCUCUUCUCCGGUGUCGUACGACCACCUAUGCCAUCUUGAACAUCGCUCGUCACCCUACUGCUUAAACAGAAUGGUAAAUUACGUUCUUGUGUUGACUAACUCAAACUCAAUGUGGUUGCGACUCGUGCUUCCUUCCAUCUGCCCCGUACUGAGUGUACUUUCGACGCUCUUGCACAUUGAUUUCCAACGCUGGACCUGAAUAUGGGAUAUUAACAAGUCGAAGUUUAACAGAUUGUUGGCCAAAAGACGACCCUUAUAACCCCCAAAGGGCUGUUCGAAUCCCAGAUCAUACUAUUUGGCUUAUGAAAUGCCACCGUUACAUUUCACAGAGUGACGCAAAUCGUCUUAGCCCAUUUGUACCCGUAAUAAUGUCUAAUCCAUCUAAACGAUGUAAUUUUUUUGGAAGAGGAUGAAACGACCUAACAACUUCGUUGCUAUAGUAACGGCAUUACAGGAUGUAAGACUUCGGCUAAAUCCCCAAGUGUCAAUUCCUCUGCGAUCGAGUAGACCACACAGGUCACUAAUUUAGGCCGAUGGCUAUACGAGCAACUUCGGGAACGACAAACGCGUUCGAUCCUGACUUACACCACGGUCGUAGACAGAAGUGCGACCUAGGAUUAACUUCGUAUUACUAUAGUUUCAUCCACUAUUUUUCUGGUACAGCCCGACCAGUACAUCGGCUGACAGAAAAAGAACGAACAUUUACCUGGACAGAGGACUGUAAAGUGGCGUUCGACGAAUUGAAGGCUCGGCUAAAAUUGGCCCCGGUUCUUGUGUUUUCUAGUACAGACGUCGGCGUCCCACCUUCCCUCUUGGAUACUUACGCCAGUGGAUUCGCAAUUGGUGGUACUUUCACAGGCAGAAAUAACAGGCCAUGAAAGGCCAGUGUGUUUCACUAGCAAGAUCCCGUCCAAAGCACGGCACUACCGAACGCACCACCGAGAAUUAUUAGCUGUUAUUAUCUUCAUCGAACAGUCCCGUCCAUUCUUAUCGUACAAGCCCUUUAUUGUCCACCUCGACCACAAAACCCUUCAGUGGUUGGAAGACACUAAAGGCACAAGGGAAAGCAGCUCGAUGGCAAGAAUUAUUACAACGGCAUUCGUUCACGUGCACUUACCAACCAGGAGCGCAACAUGCAGACGCACACGCGUUGUCACGCACAUCAAUAGUACUCGGUCGAAUUAACGCGGUGCAACCUACUGGACUUACAAGCCAUCACUGGACUAUCGUUAAAAGUACCGACCUAGACACCGAAAUCGCAUACAACCACCUUCUGCACUGUCGAUCCUGACCAACAGAUUAAUAAUUAAUCAGUUCCUCAGGAGAGGCCUAUAUUCUACGAAAUCAAUGGCCGCGCCUCCCUAUAGAUAAUGACAUCUUAUUGUUUAAGGAUAAAUUGUCCGAUUCAUCUUGCGUAGCUCUUUCCAGUAGCCUGGUGCUUCCAGUGUUAACGGACCUAUAGCAUGGACUCGGCCAUGUAGGACCACACGAAACGGAAGUAGUGAUGCGACAAAGGUGUGGCAGUUCGCGUCCCCUCGCCCUCCGCCUUUGUCACGCUGCCGUCCUGUCCGCCCCACACUCCGUGUCAAUACGCUGCUGGGACGCGCGAGUGCUCGAAGCCAAUCAACGCUGUCCCCACUCUGCUUGGAUGGCGAGAUUGAGACAAUGAAGGGCGCACACACGCGCGUACACAACACCCCGAAGGCGGACAGAGCUUGCUUGGAGCGCGCUCGCGGCGACUGCCUGCAGAGCCCUUGUAUACGCACUUCCUCAAGCAGUUAAGGUUGUCCAACUCAAACCGUCUUCCCUGACUUUUGAUUGGGAAUCUUUAUCUAGUCGACCACACGACAUUCGACAAAGGUUUUGGUAACCACAACUAGAUGAGCAAGUUACCACGUUCAGCAACUCGCCUUCAGUAAGUGCUUUCAAAAACCCAACAUGACACAUGCGCCCCCUCCCUCUGUAGGUAAUGCCAAUCGGGUCCCCUUUCCAAAGGGCAGGCAUAGAUAUCAUUAGCCCACUUCUGGUUAAGGCCGCAUGCUGCAGUUCUUUUCUAGUUGUGGGAGAUUAUUUCACAGUGGACAGAGCAGUGCCACUCCUAGACAAGACGCGUUAUCCGUUGCUUCAGCCCUUUUCAACAAAUAAAUAUACCGUUCCGGAUCACCGUUACUUAUUCAUUCCGACUGCGAUGCUAAUUUCGACAGUAACCCAGUCUAUGUGUGCGACCUACAAGGGAUCUAUAAAAUCCGCACAAUGCCUUUCCACCCGAGGGUAACGGACAAGUGGAGCUAACGGACCGGACUUUAGUCAAACUCCUUAAAGCCUUCGCAGAGGAACAUCAUCCACACGACUAGCACGAACGACUUCCCUGCGCCCUAGUGGAUUCUCGGGCGACUGUGCACGUCACCAAAGACUAUACUACUUUUGUAAUGAUGGCCGGUCGCACUUUCCGUCUUCCAGUCGGAUCCCAGUCACUCUCACCGCUAACAAGUUGGUGCACUUCCGGUGACCACGUCAGACAACUACAGGGACUCCUACGGCUCAUGCACAACCUAGCCCGAUCGCCACACACAUGGUGCCCCUCAUAUACACGGCGAUAUCGCGUAGAAAUAUCGAUCUUUCCCUCCAUUGCGCACGUCUUUUUAAUUCUCUUACCACUGGGAAGGCUCAUUAGUAGUCAGGGGCGGCAUGCCCACUGUGGACUACGCACUUCAAGAUGCCAUACGUCCAGGCGAACCAGUUUUUAUGGCACACUUCUACACAUUUAGGCCAUACAGAUAACGCCUACCCACUGCAACGACGGACGCUGCCAAUCGUUCCGCCCCAUCUGGUACCUCUGUCGGGAGGUCACGGAAGACGGGUCAGGUCGGACAACUUUUACUGUUGAGGGAGAAUCUAUGUUUUUUUUCAGAUAAUUUGAGGCACGAUAUCGAUGGGCUAAGACUGAAUCAACCUCGAUUGACGAAAAGAAUAUAACUAAACUAGGGGGAUCUUGCCAGUGGAUUACAGACGUUUGACAUUCUCUAUUUUAUAAUCAAAUUCACGCCAGUAAAGGAAGUAAUCGGAAAUAUCAGUUGGUCGUGUGGACCUGGGAACAUGUUUGUAGGAAGUUACAAGUCAUUUUCUGUCUACCAAAUGUUUCACUGGCAACUAAGUGAACGACGGAGUCAAGAAGUUUGCAGAAAAAUUUGCAGACAAAACUUAAGCUACACGAGCAAAUAUCGAAUGACCGGUUUUCAACUAUCAAUCCGAACAAGUUUAACACGUGCGUACGUAGCACGAUAUACCAGACUUGGCAGAAAAGGCAUUAACCAAAAGCCCAGACACGUUUUUUUGUCGAUAUUCCGCUACUGUAUGACACAACUGUGAGGGGUACGGCUCAUCAAUGGAUCCCUCAGCGUCCCCCGUACGUCUUCGGGUAGAUGCUUCAGUUCUCAAAUUGCAAGUUUUUAGUUUUCUCAGAAACAGAUCGCUAACUUGGAGUAAAUCAGUCCAUGUGAUAGUUAUAGGCUCAGAGUGAAAUUCGAUACGAAUAUCUGGGUCAAAGUUCAUCAGCCGCAGAGGAAUAACCGCGUAAUAUUCAUUAACUGCCAACAGGCAGCCCGAAGUAUAUGCAUAUACCAUUCGCUUUGCAGUCGAAGGCAGCCCAGUCUCUGGUUCUGUUCGACUGGCCGGACUUCCGACUAAACUCCUCCUUUAUCGAGCUUCGACCUUAACUAACAGUAAACACGAUAAAUCUAAAAUAUAAACUUUCGAAUACCUUCAAACACAGUCUAAGAUUGACCAUUACACGCAAAACUAAUCGCCUAAUACAGAAACUCGUUCGGAAACAAAUCCCACCUUCCGCCGUGCGCUUGUCUUACUCGUUCGACACUAAGAGUAAAAGGUUGACCGCCAGUGGUGGGAUACUAAUCUGACUGGCAGGCAACACAUCCCGAAAAUUGAUAGUCGGAAUAUGAUUUCCAGCCGGAUUUUCCGUCUGUUGUCCUUGACGCCCCAGCUGAAAAUAAUGUAUGCCAAAUGCCAACUGCAAAAUAAACGUUUGUACUUUUCAUCACGCAAAUUCCUCAUUUGCAUACCAAAAUUCAUUGAGAACCUUUCAAUGAGGAAAUAAGAAAAAAAUAGGAAUUGGUCUUUAAAACAGUCAUAGGCAUAUGUAUUCCAAAAAAGGUAUUCGCUUUAUAAGAAGCGACUGCUACCAUGUAAAACGUUCAACUAAUAAUUUUAGAAUUCUAGAGCAAACGUGAAAUAAGCAGCAGUCUACUAACAUCAGAACGUUCUGAAACUAAAGACCCGCCGAAAUAUCUCUUGUUUGACUAAGUAGAGGGUCAAAUAUUUAUAAAUCUUGAGGUGGUUCAUUCUCUUCCUCUGUUAUUUCUUGCGGGCCAGGGUCUGCUGAAUCAGUUCUCUCCGGCAACUCAUCCAGUCGCUUGCCUCCGUAAAUAAUCAUGUAGAUGAUGCCGAAAAUGCAACAUGUACCCGACACCAACGUUGAUAUGGUCGCGAUAGCAAGAACUAGCCGCUCUAGAAAAAAAGGAUGUGCAUAAUAGUCUGUCAUCGCUAAGUUUCGCUAUUAAAUUAUCGGAACAAUCAGAACUAGUUCGUAAAUACCGCGAACCCACUAUAACUUACUAUCAGGGGAUAAAGGUUUCUGGUCUGGAACAGUAAAGUAUGACAAGCAAACAGCAUGGUAUUAAUAGCUGUUCCACAUGUGUGUUGUUUUUAAAUAAAUAUGACUGGUUGAAUGGGAAAUAACAUCAUGGUGUCGGGCAUUUGCACGAAUAAACCAAAUCCAAAUCAUAAUGAUGACGGUCACUCACAUCCUUUGAAUUCGAUAAGCUUCUCGGCCACUGAAAAUUAAAGACAUAUUAAUAAAGCUCCAGUAAAGUGCAACAAAGGACGCAGAACUCAUAUAACACAGACGGCCAAAAAUGACGCAAAGGCAACUUUUAGUAGAGCGACAUAGGCAUAAAAUGCAAAGGGAUGGGAAAAUUGUUGAGAGUCGGCGCAGCCUUUUCUAGGCCUACAAAGAAAAUUCCUAAACUGCCAAUGUCUUACGCCCUGGUUCACGAACCUUUGGAAUUGCUUAGUUAUGUUUUAUUGCCAUUUGUGCUAGUGAGGAGUGUACACCUUGAUGAGGUAUCGGUUGCACCGAGCGCCGUGCUCUACUGCAAGAAAUGGCCAUUUCGCUCUGCUCCGGACACCCAGUACUCGCCGGAAACCCCAUAAAGCUCUGUUCUAUGCAGCAGCCACACCAUGGUAACCACUGCGACUGGCAGGAUUAAUCAGAUGAGGUUCGACGGCAUUGCUGCUAGCCUGAUCGAAUUGUGCGCGAAGUCUGUCCCGGACGGUAGGGAUGAAGCAAACAUGCUGGAGCAAGCACAGACAGGGCUUGAUGAAAGAUCAGCAAUCGCGCACAAUCUCAAUAUCAGUCGUCCUGAUGUAGUUAAGUUACUGGAUCACGGUUCAUUCGUGAGUCAGAUUCAUCACUCAAUAACCUACAUCAGCCCCCUUGUCUUUAAAAAGGUCUGCACAGAGGGUAAGAUACGAUGCUGUAAGUGUUCAGGAUAGUUCGGGUGAUUUGUUCGCUAAGUCUAAACAUGAACCUUUGAAAAAUUGGUACCCACAGGGGACGUCGAAGUAGCCUACUUCAAGGACGUAGUACUCACCGCUCCAAAUGGGUGGGUGGAGUUGCAAAAUAGUGGUCUAAAAAUCCCCGUUAUCCCAUUGACUGCAAACCCAAAAUGCCAUGGACACUCUCUUGCUACGAACAUGUGCUUUCCAGGACCACCCGUGUUGCUUGUCUGCUGGCUUUGAGCAGUGAUAAAAGGUAUUUCAAUUUGACGGACGUCUGACUGACUUGGCCGAAAGCUUGUAGGACGCAAUGCUCAAAGAUGCCGAUGCAAACGUUAAUACACACAAGGGUUGACAAUCACGCUCUGCUCAACGAACAGGCAAACGAGUUACCGUCAAUUACGGUUGAAAGCAAGGGAGAAUAGUCAACGGAACGCGUUGCAGAGAUGGCCUGAAGCAUGCGUUUGUUUCAGCAGCAAUGUACUCAGACAAAAGGUAGGCAUUGGUGUUCUCAAUUUAAGCUGACUGUUAGGGAAGAAACGUUGGAGGAAAGAACUUCUCCUAAGUGAAAUAUCAUUCAAAUUAAAGGAACCUAAGAACAAGGAAAAACAAUAUACAAGGUGCAGAGAAGGAAACCGCAUAUUUAACGACAAAUCAGGGAAGCUAACUCACCUUCACCGGGCGCAUGUGUGGUGGCGGUUCCUACAAGUGACGCAACAAGAACCAACAUAGAGUGCCUGGCGUGCUGAAAAUACUCAGUCUAUAGGGAAAUACAACCUAGACAAAACGAUCAACCCAUCAAGAUGUCUAAUUGGUGGCUGUAAAAUCGAAUCCGCCUUGAAAUUCGAUGAUCUUUUAAGUACUCGUGACAGUCUGCAGUAGCACUCAACGGUAAUAGUGAUGCCAGGCUGGACACGCAAAAAUUCUUUUUCUCCAACAGUCUGGGACGUUUUUCCCCAGGACGUAAUAGUGUCUCUAUCCGUAGAAGCUUUUAAAACGAAGCACCACAGCGCUGCCUGACCGCCGUCGUCUUGAUAUCUUAUGCUAAAGCCUUAUUACUGUUGACACUACCGAUAAUCUCUAAAUAACGUUUGUUUAUAGAAUUUACUAAUGCAUGAGCCUCGUGAAAGUGUUCGAACCUCGUUGCACUGUGUGCUCCACAGCAGGAUUGGAGCAAGAACGGUAACUUGUGCAUGAGUUAGUUUAAAGUGCCAGUUGACUUUUGCAACAUCUGUUGCAUUCUCCCCCCGCUCUCCUCUACCUGGAUCCAGUGCCAAGAAAGAGUCAAGAAUACCGGAGGCGAGGGAGGGCGCAAGUUGUUGACAGGGAGAAAACCCGCACCUAGGUACACUAAACCCCCCCCCCCGGUCCACAACAUAUACUGAUCAGGGUUUUACACAGCAGCAAAAACGUGAGGUGGAUCGGAUCUCACUUGGUGGGAGUUCCAUGACAGUUCGACCUCGCGUCUGACAAUGUCCACCGUGCGCUCCACAGCAAGGUGGAGCUGGCACGGUGGCUUAAGCGUGCAUUAGUUCGUAGUGAAAUAUAUAUUGGCACAGAAUCUACCACACUCUCCCCCUCCUCACCUGCAGCCGAUGUCAAGACAAAGUAGAGAAGACCGGAGGCGGGAGAGGGAGUAGGUGACUGGCACGGCCGGGCCCGCACCCAGGCGCACCACCACAUCAUCUGGUCCACAACAAACGUUUAACCAUGAUUUGAGCAAACAACAACAGGACCAAAACGGGUCAGAAAAACGAGGAAGUCUGGGCUGCUAUGUCCUAGAUUUGUAUACCCAAUGGGAGCGCAAACGCAUCUACCGACAGGGAGACAGGGGUAGGAGAACUGCAAGCGCACACUUUGCUGAGAGGACCAUGGCUUGCUGAUCAUGGUGUAGCAGUUCGCGUCUCCUCACCCUCCGCCUUUGUCAUGCUGCCGUCCUGUCCGCCUCACACUUCAUGUCGACACGCUGCUGGGCCGCGCGAGUGCUCGAAGCCAAUCAACGCUGUCCCCACUCUGAUUGGCUGGCGACGUGGAGACAACGAAGGGCGCACACACGCGCUGACAACACCUCGAAGGCGGACACAGACAACAGCUUGCUUGGAGCACGCUCGCGGCGACUGCCUACAGAGCCCUUGUGUACGCACUUCCUCAGGCAGUAAAGGUUGUCCAACUCAAACCGUCUUCCCUGACUUUUGAUUGGGAAUCUUUAUUUUGUCGACCACACAACUUUCGACAAUUGGUGACCCCUUUACGAACAGCAAUCUUCGUUCUUCCUAAUCUACGACAAAGUCAGGCGUUGAUCAAGGACAAUUUUCCACCGGAAGUGCGGCAUAUUUUGGCACCCACCUUCGGCAUUCUUUCGGCCACGCAACUUACUCAGAUGGCUGAUCGGCUUAUGGAGAUGCACGGUUUUUCCAAGCCGUCCCUCAACUCCUCCUGCGUCUCCCAUUUCGCAGUUAGACAUCGACCUCAGCAAGCUGGCCAAUGAUAUAGCUUCACUCCAGAAGCAGGCAGUUUCUCCCUCGUCUCGGAGCCAACCGAAGCCGCCCACCCCGCAUCUUCAGUCUUCACAUCCAGCCCGUCCAAACGCAGCUGCUACCUGCUGGUCCCACACUACCUUCGGUGCUAAAGCCCGUCGCUGCGUCUCUCCCUGCUUCUUCACCUUCAAGCAGAGCAAACUGGUAAAACCUGUCAGCCCGAAGGUCAGUGCUACCAAUCUUUCCGACAGCUCCAACCCUGGUCACACAUUUUACGUCCUCGACACCAGGAGUGGCAGACGUUUCUUGGUUGACACUGGUGCCCAGCUAAGUGUCAUUCCACCCACUCCAGCUGAUCGUCGGUGCCCCAAUCCCGGUCUUUUCCUACAGGCCGUCAACACAUCGCCGAUUACCACAUUUGGCACCUGUUCCCUCUCUCUGGACAUAGGUCUCCGGCGUCUCUUCCCUUGGGUCUUCGUCGUUGCUGACAUCCCCUGUGCAAUUCUCGGUGCAGAUUUCCUCGCCGCUUUCGAUCUUCUGGUCGACUGCCGUCAGUCACGUCUACACGACAAGACUACCAACCUCACUGUCCGGGGUAUCUCUUCCUCCGACGUCUCCCGUCAUCUUGCCGUCUUGGACCCUGAACCCGAGAAUCCAUUUCGGCAACUCCUCGCCAAAUACCCCGGCCUCACUCGUCCCAACUUCAACGUUUCUGUUCCACCACAUGACGUUGUUUACCACAUUCGGACCACCGGCCCUCCCGUGUUUUCUCGCCCCCGCCGUCUCGCGCCUACACGUCUUGCUGCAGCCAAGGACGAAUUCGAGAAUAUGCUUCAAAUGGGCAUCAUCCGUCAGUCUGAAAGCCCUUGGGUCUCACCCCUCCACAUAGUUCCAAAGGCCGCCACUGGUGACUGGCGCCCCUGCGAUGAUUACAGGGCCCUGAACAACGUUACUGUCCCGGACCGCUAUCCUGUCCCACAUCUUCAGGAUUUUGCCGAUGCCCUAUUCGGCAAGUCUGUAUUCUCGAUGAUCGAUCUGGUCCGUGCUUUCCACCAAAUUCCCAUAGCCCCAGAGGACGUUUCGAAGACGGCCGUUACCACCCCCUUUGGCCUCUUUGAGUUCCUGCACAUGCCGUUUGGACUUCGCAACGCCUCCCAGACCUUCCAAAGGUUUGUAGAUAGAGUGCUUCGCGGCUUACCAUUUAUCUACGCCUAUAUCGACGACCUUCUGGUAGCCAGCUCCACCACCGAAGAACACAUGGAACAUCUGGCAACGGUGUUUGACCGCCUUCAACAAUUUGGCGUUGUUCUCAACCCGUCCAAGUGCGUCUUCGGUGUGCCCUCCCUAGAAUUUCUGGGUCAUCUGGUCGACUCCCAAGGCAUUCGGCCUUUUCCCUCAAAGGUUGCCGCCAUUCGGGACUUUCCAUCCCCCACCUCGAAGCGUCAGUUGCAACGGUUUCUUGGUAUGGUGAACUUUUAUCGUCGGUUCCUACCGAACUGUGCUGAUCUCAUGUUGCCGCUCACCAACAUGCUUUCUGGUCCCAAAGGUCCCCUCGAGCUGACUGGUGAAGCACUGACUGCUUUUGAGAGAAUCAAGAAUCCCCUUGCUGAUGCCACCUUACUCACACAUCCCGCUCCCGAAGCUCAGCUGUCUCUGAUGGUAGAUGCUUCGACCGUAGCCGUAGGUGCAGUCCUUCAACAACACCUUGCUGGUUUGACUCAACCACUUGCCUUUUUCUCCAAAAAGCUCUUACCAGCUGAGACACGCUACAGUACCUUUGGCCGUGAACUACUUGCCAUUUACCUGGCUGUGAAGAAUUUCCGGCAUUCCCUUGAAGGUCGUGACUUCACCGUUUUCACUGAUCACAAACCGUUGACUUUUGCACUUCGUUCCCACACUGACAAACUAAACCCCCGGGAAAUCCGCCAACUGGACUACAUCUCCCAGUUUACCUCAGAUAUCCGCCACAUCGACGGGUCACGCAAUGAGGUGGCUGACGCACUGUCCAGGCCCUCCAUUGCUCAUCUUCAGCUUUCACCCGGGAUAGACCUCGCUGAGAUGGCCGCUGAACAACGCCGUGUCGGUCCACCCUGUGAUGAGGAUGUUUCCGGACUCCAUCUUCAGGAGCUACCACUGACAACGGCACUAUUCUAUGCGACGUAUCCACCCCAUCUCAUUGUCCAUUUGUGCCACCAUCUCUCCGUCGCAAAGUUUUCUCCUCCCUGCACAAUCUGUCUCACCCUGGGAGUCGAGCAACCGACAAGCUGGUUUCCGACCGCUUCGUCUGGCCUGGUAUGCACAAGGACCUCAAGGCAUGGACACGGGCUUGUAUCGCCUGUCAACGGAGCAAGAUCCAGCGGCACAACAAGGCCCCCAUUGGCACCUUCCCUGGCCCUGGUGCAAGGUUCAGCCACGUUCACCUGGACAUUGUAGGCCCCCUGCCUCUGUCCAAUGGUUGUUCCUAUCUCCUCACCUGUGUGGAUCGGUUCACUCGGUGGCCUGAAGCAAUUCCCCUGUCUGACAUUGCUGCUCCAACGGUGAUCAAGGCUUUUCUCAGUCAUUGGGUUGCUAUCUUUGGUGCACCCUCCACGAUCACGACUGACCGUUGUGCCCAGUUUGAGUCUAAUCUCUCUCAGUCUGUACUCUCCUUCUUAGGCUGUACUCGCAUCCGCACUACAGCCUAUCAUCCGGCAGCCAACGGGAUGGUCGAGCGGUUUCACUGCCAGCUGAAGGCCCCUCUACGUGCCGCGGCCGAUCCGGAGAACUGGACGGACCACCUUCCCCCGGUCCACUUUGGCAUCAGAUCCGCUCUGAAGCCGGACCUUGAUUGUUCCGCAGCUGAACUGGUGUUCGGUGCCACCGUCCGACUCCCCGGUGAGAUGAUCUCGCCAACCCCAAAAGGUGCAGCUGAGGGUCCUACCAACCUCCUGCAUCGCCUCCGGCAAUUUAUGCGGACACUUUCUCCGGUUCCUCCCAGGCCCUCCGCCUCUCCGUCUUAUCUCAAGAAGGACUUGGCAACGUGCUCCAACGUCUAUCUCCGAUGUGAUCGAGUCUGCCGGCCCCUGGAACCACCCUACGAUGGCCCCUUCCGAGUUAUCUCUCGUGGGACGAAGAACUUCCGCAUCCAACGCGGCACUCGCGAGGAGAUCGUGAGCGUGGACCGUCUCAAAGCUGCCGUCCCGGACACUCCUCCGGAUUAG